AUGGCCACCCAAUCAAGUGAAGCAUUGCCCAGUGUCGGAGCUGUUGCCCUCAAGCUUCCCCCUUUUUGGCCUGAAUCUGCGGAAGUAUGGUUCGCCCAGGCUGAGGCCCAGUUCAACAUCAAGGGGAUCAGCAGCAGCACCACCAAGUUCUACCACUGCGUGGCUUCAAUGUCCCAGGAAGUAGCCUCUCAGAUGCUAGAUCUCAUUCUAACCCCUCCAGCCUCUGAACCCUACGAGGUCCUUAAAGCACUGUUAGUUAAAACCUACGGUCUCAAUGACUAUCAGAGGUUCAAGAGUUUGAUUUCUCUACCACUCUCUGGCGAUCAGAAGCCGUCUCACCUGAUGAACAGGAUGCUCGCCCUGCUCCCGGAGGAUUUCAAGCCUGGCUUCAUCUUUCGAGGUUUGUUCCUGCGCCGUUUACCUGCAGAUGUUCGUGCACACCUCCUACAGGAAGAUAUAUCCGACCCUAAUGCUCUUAGUUUGAAGGCAGAUGAAUUGUACCACAGCCUUGCCUCCGCUUCAGUUAAUGUUCUGUCCUCUGAAGAAACUUUGGAGCCUUAG